GCGCCUGGAGCGGCGAGCGGAGCGCGAGGAGGAGGCGGCGGCGCUGUGCAUGCUGGGCUCAGAGCGCGGCGGCGGGGCUUUGCCCUAGGAAGCGAGGCAGGAAGGACUUGAACUAGCGUGCAGCCGCCUCAGCCCGCCCUGCCUCCGCGAGACCCCGAAGGGGCUGCGCGCCCGUCGCCGGCGCCCGGCUCGCCUCGGCCGGAUCGGAGCCGCGGCCAGGAGCGGCAGGAGGCAGAGUCCCGAAGGCAGAGGCGGGACGGGGCUGCGAGAGAGGCGGAACCGGGGGAGGGGGGUCGACCCUGGGAGCCUCUCUCUCUCUCUCUAUCUCCGCCGCCCCCCCUCCCCGGUGGCUGAUCGCCGUUUGGCAGGAGGAAGCCCCCCCCCUGGCUGCGGAUCUGACUGAAGGGGGGCCGGGCGGGGAGGGAGGGAGGAAGGAAAGGGGUGGGAAUCCCUCGCCCUCCGCGCUCUCUUCGGGGCACACGGCGCUUUUUCGUCGGGGUGGUUUCGUGGGGCUUCUUCGGAGCCGGGAAGCGGACGAAAGAGGAGCCGACGUCGCCAGUGGCGCCUCCGCCAGCAGCAGCAGCUCCCGCAGCAGCCGCUCUCCCGCCGCCUCCCCCUGGCCGGGAGAUGGUGACAUAUGAAGCGCGCUGGAAGGACCAUGGUUGAGCGGAACAGCAAGUUCCUGCUGAUCGUGGCGGGCUCGGUGUGCUUCAUGCUCAUCCUGUACCAAUAUGUGGGGCCGGGGCUGAGCCUGGGCUCGCCGAGCCUCCGCUCCUACCAGGACGAGCUGGACCUGUUCCCCACGCCGGAUCCGCACUACGUGAAGAAGUACUACUUCCCCGUGCGGGAGCUGGAGCGCCAGCUCGCCUUCGACAUGAAGGGCGACGACGUGAUCGUGUUCCUGCACAUCCAGAAGACGGGCGGCACCACCUUCGGCCGCCACCUGGUGCAGAACGUGCGCCUCGAGGUGCCCUGCGACUGCCGGCCCGGGCAGAAGAAGUGCACCUGCUACCGGCCCAACCGCAGGGAGACCUGGCUCUUCUCGCGCUUCUCCACCGGCUGGAGCUGCGGGCUGCACGCCGACUGGACCGAGCUCACCAACUGCGUGCCGGGAGUGCUGGACAAGCGGGAGAGCGCCGCCGCCAAAACGCCCAGGAAGUUUUAUUACAUCACUCUGCUGAGAGAUCCUGUAUCCCGUUACCUCAGCGAAUGGAGGCACGUCCAACGAGGAGCCACCUGGAAAACAUCCUUGCACAUGUGUGAUGGCCGGACACCAACCCCCGAAGAGCUGCCAUCAUGCUAUGAAGGCACAGACUGGUCAGGCUGUACUCUUCAGGAAUUCAUGGAUUGCCCAUAUAACUUAGCCAACAAUCGCCAAGUGAGGAUGUUGGCUGACCUGAGCUUGGUGGGUUGCUAUAAUAUGUCCUUCAUAACAGAAAACAAGCGAGCACAGAUACUGCUGGAGAGCGCUAAGAAGAAUCUCCGAGACAUGGCCUUUUUUGGCUUGACAGAGUUCCAGAGGAAAACACAGUACUUGUUUGAGAGAACUUUCAAUCUGAAAUUCAUCAGGCCGUUCAUGCAGUACAACAGCACAAGGGCAGGUGGAGUAGAGGUAGACAACAACACCAUAAGGAGGAUUGAGGAACUCAAUGACUUGGACAUGCAGCUGUACGACUAUGCAAAAGACCUCUUCCAACAGCGAUACCAGUACAAGCGGCAGCUGGAGAGGAUGGAGCAGAGGAUAAAAAAUCGGGAAGAGAGGCUUCUUCACCGGUCUAACGAGGCACUUCCCAAGGAAGAGACGGAAGAGCAAGGGCGCUUGCCUACUGAGGACUACAUGAGCCAUAUUAUAGAGAAGUGGUAGCCUUGAUGGAAUUUUAUACUGAGAACAGGAUUUUAGGGUUUCCAUAAUAAAAGAACAUGGAAUUAAAAACAGCAACUCUUAUUUAAAACAAAAAAAUGGUCUGUAAAACAGAAGGUAGAAUGCUUCUAUAAACAAAGGGUCUUUUUACUGUUUCUUAUAAGACCAAUGGGGUUCUUAAUAAAAUAAAAUAAAACAAAAAAAUAUUAAGGAAUCAAUCCUAGAGAGCUCAGAGUUUAAAAUGCACAAGUGUAGGUCCCCCAGCUCUGACGCCAAAUACAGUGUAAUGUUUCAUAUCCUCCUAGAUGCAAAUCUAGAGGUCACGGAUAGUAGCUUUGUAACCACUAUUCUCCCUUGGCAAGAGCAAUUUGAUCCUCAGAAAUGUCAAAUGUUUUUUUCCCUUGCUCAAGCAAGGUUUUCGAUUGCAAAAGUCAUAAUAAAUGGCAGCGAAUUUGCCAGACAGUGACUUCCUUCCAGUUUCAGCUGCUUGGCUUCAAAUGGAAAACCAUGGUCAAAAAGAACAGAACAGUAUCAAAACAAGCAAUCAGAAAGGGAAAGGGAAAGUUGAGAAAGAGAAACAUUCAAGGAAGCAAAAUACAGCCUGGACCGCAUAUCAAGCACAGAAGUUUGAAUACAUGGCACUGGUUGACCUGCAUGCACACACUCCUGAUCCUACACACUGCACUACCAAAACAGCCGGUGGGUUUGUGCACAAAUAUUCUCAGCUUUUACCUCAUGGGCAGUUCUUCAAAUGCUAACUACUAAUUCCCACAUAAAACCAAACAUGGGUUCUAUUCAUGAAAAUGUCCUUUCCUAGAAAUAACGGGGGGUGGGGGGUGGAACACCAAUCCCUGACAUUUAAAAGGAGGUGGUCUAUGAUGUUCCCUGCAAACUGUUGAUCACCACGUUGUUGGCUGUUUUCUUGCUUAUGUUUAUGUUUCAAAACACUCUUUGCUUCCAGUGGGAGGGCAUUUUAUUUAAAUUGGCACAGAUAUUACAUAUUCAAAAUGCUCAUUGUUUGGCAUUCCAUGCUGUCCACAGUGCCCACGAGUGGUAUAGAGUAUAGGGGUUCACUUUAAGCAUUCAACUGGGCACCAACUCCAUUGAUUUCAAUGGGAUUUAGAAGCAACUAACAUUUGCUGCAUUGCAUCCACCAGCUGCAGGAGUGCUGCUUUGUUGAACUUAAGAGGCAGUAUUGCCUACCACUAUUUUCCAGGAUGGGCAAAGCCUGCCUUGCCUUUGUCUUAUUUUAACAAAGCUGUAGCAUUUGGAAAACUGGGCAUCUUGACUGAUUCGCUGCUUCAGGCACUGUCUGGUGUUCUUUUCCAGCCUUUAAUAACCACAAUAAUCCCUUUUCCUCUCUCUUUUUUUAAUCUAAGUUUUGUUUGGAGAGCAUCAAGUGAUAAUUUGAUCUCCAUCCAAAGCAUGCAUCUUUCUUUUCUACUAAGCCUUUCCGAAAGAGGGGAAAGGGGGGGGGGCUCAAGCAAGCUGUGUGUCACCUUCCUUCCCUGUUCCCUAGGUUGUAGAUGAAGUCAGAAUAAGCUGGCAGUUAGGUUGAUGCUCAAAGGAUGGACUUGCUAUGUAUCAGAGAGAAAACUGGAAAUAUAGAAAGAGAGGCUGAUAUACUUGUUCACAAAGAAGGACUGUCAUUUCCCAUGGUUUGCAAUGGAUUUCCCUCUUCCUAGGUUGCUCUUGUCUGCACAGUUGCCAAAGCUUUGGGUUCCAAACUCUGUGUGUGUGUGUGUUUCCCCCAGGAGGGAAGCCCUGUCUCUUGUAUAGAAGCCUGCCUGAUUAAGCACACAGAGCUUGUUAUGUCUACGCAUUCUCUACAGCCAGUCAGUGAAAAGGGACUUGGAGUGAUAUGGAAAUUAAAAACCCAGUGAAAAAAAAAUCCCACCCCACACCGGCUGAUUGAAAAACCUGUCCAUUUCUUUCAGUGUUUCUCUGAUCAGCCCAAAUGCCCAGGUGCUCCUGAUUAACCCAAACUGAAAAAUACGCAAGUUCUUAAGUACUUUGCCAGAUCUAUUUGUCAAUCAAUGCUAGUGUGGGCCUUGUAUGGGCCUGGCAGUGUUUCUAGGAAUAAGGCCUUCCUGUUCCUCUGAGUGUGCACAGUUGGCUAAAAAGAUGCCCUUGAGGUUUAGGAAAGGAAAACUAUCUCAUCCUAGUUAUUUUGGGUAGAGGAGGCUGCAGGUUAAAAAUCCUGCAUUGGGGGAUGAAUGGCAGUUUGCUAAAUUCCCAGGACACCUGUGCAUUUCUGUAACUAAAGAAACUCUUUAAAAACAAAAGCAAAUGCUAUUUCACAUUCCCUUUUCCCACAAACGUAUGUGUGCUAUGAAGCAGCAGCUGUUCUAUAUGCAGAGCAUGUAGCUUCACCUAAAGGCUUUCUACUGUGCAUUCAUAGUUAUGGAUCUAUAAUAUAAAAAUGGUUGCAGUAGCUAAUCCAUAUUCAUAGCGUGAAGACUGGAGAGCCUGCUGUGUUAUACUUUGCACGAUUGGUAGCAGGUUCCAAAGGCCAAGCUCUGCUUCCGCAUUUUGUGUGGUUAAGGAUAAAAGUGGAGUGUUUUGUUGUGCCUAAAUAUAAUUUCCACAACAACCUGAGUAAACCUUAAUGGAUCUUGCCUGUGGAAAUCUUAGGCCUCUGGGGAGAUCAGUGGUAGUCUUUCUCCAAUAUUUUCUUUGUGUAACAUUGUUUUUUAAGAACAGACUAAGGAAAUAAAACUACUUAAUGUUGUUUCAUCAGCUUCCCUUAAAUCUACCCAAGGAAGGUGAAUAGGUGGGUGAUCAUUUCUGCUUAGACCUCCAUACUUGCAGCUGGUGGAGGGGUUCCCCAUUUCCAGUCCCAGCUUUGACAUAUUAUCUCCUUCCCCUGAAUUUUCCUGUUUACAAAUCAAAAAGCAUUAAUCUUAAACCAUUACAAAAAGGCAUGUCAUAAUUUGAACUUAAAAGCCUAGGUACCACUGAAGGAACUCAGGAUGCAGCUAAAAGGCUAAGAAGCUAUAAUAGAGUGCAGGAGGCAGAGGGAAACUGGUCUGUGGCUUUCUCAAGGGCUGAGAAGAAAAGAGUGUGAUAAGAGUAUUUUCUCAGACACCAAAUGUCCUUCCUUGGGUGGCUUUAAGCAUUGAUGGGCCUCCAACAUUUUGGUGGAUAGUGUUUCCACCCUUUCACCUCCCGUGUCAUUUACUGAACUUUUCCUGUGUUGACAGCAACAGUGUAUAAUGUUUGCAGUCUUGGUGCCAGAGGAGUCUUGCAGAUAUCUACUGCAGCCACUGAAAAUCAACAUCUGUAUUCAGCCAUGCGAGCCAUGCAGAAAAACACUUUUGGCUCUGGACAAACCUCUCCCCCCAGUGCUCAUAGCUUUCCACUAUUGUAGGCCUUAGGACAGUAAGCAGAAGGUUUUGUAGUGUCAGCCAACCACCUAAAGUCACACUGAAAGUAUUGAGAAAUGGUUUUUCAUGGAAGCCGUUUGGAGCAAAGGGCCAAUGAAAGGGCUCUGAAGAAACAAACACAAUACCUUUAAAGUACAUUCAAAGCACAUUGUUUCUCUCAGAGUAUUCUGGCACUGUAUUACCCCACACAAUGUUACAAUUCCCAACAACCCUUAAUAAACUACAUACUCAGAAUUCUUUGAGAGGGAAAAUACACUUCAAAUGUGCUUCAAAAGUGUACAUGCUUUAAAUGUGUGUACACAGCCUGUGAUAGAUCAGACCCUAGCUUAGCAAAACAUUUUCUGUAAAAACAAGAUAUCUUAGUUUUGCAGUGAUGGUUGACAGACCAUCUAUUUCCAGAAGAAAGCAUUGUUAAGAAUGCUUUCCAGUGAGUAACAAUGCAGGAUGAGGAUGAGGGCAGCUUUUCCUAACAGUGGUUGUACUAAAAAUAAAAGUUGGAGCAAAUCUUCACAAAAGGAAGUAUUAAGUAGCCAGAAGAACUGCUGCUGCCUUUGCUUUUGCUUUUUGUGUCUUACUUUUGCUGUGGUGCCUGAACUGAUUCUUCUGCCCUUAUACAGGAGGAGUAGCCAACAUGAUGCCCUUCAAAUGUUUUUGGGUUCCAGUUCCCAUCAGCCUCAGCCAGCAGGACCAGUGCUCAAAUUUGAUUGGAGUUGUGCGUCCAAAAAUAUCUUGAGGACAUCAUGUUGGCCAACACUAUAAUAGAGAAUGAGACAACGCCUCCUAGUCAGGAUACAUAAAUAGAACUUCCAGGUUCAGAAGCAGCUGGCCUCCGAAUACAAUUUGCAGUUGAAGGCAAUUGGCCUACUGUCCUGCUUGUGGGCUUCUCAGAAGCAGCUGGCUGGUCAUUGUGGAAACCAAGAUACUAGGCUAGAUGGACCAUUGGCUGAUCCAUUUGGGUGGUUCCUCUGCUGCUAAAAAGCUGAAAGCUUUAUGAGGAUUGGUACAACAGGGUUUUUUCACUCUCUCUCAGGAGCAAUCCAUCUGUGCAACAAGCAAACCAAGUCAGAGGAGGUCCAUGCAAUAUUAGAUUGUGGUGCAACCUGGUAAGCUAUGAACCUCACUUCCUCCUGGGUUUGUCUGGAUAUAAGAGCAUAUGGAGGGCCGUGGCAAUUCCAACACAUGCACACAAAACAGGAGAGAAUAAAGGCCAAUGUUGGUUCCAGGAUCCUAUGGGAUUCCAGCUCAGCAAGACAUCGACUUGGGAAGCAACCUUAGCUCAGUGGUAGAUUCAUGCAGAAGGUCCCUGGUUCAACCCCUGGAAUUUCUACUUUUUAGGGGGGGAAAGCAGGUGAUGGGAAGGUCCUCUGCCUGUUGCCAAACACAGAGUAGACAGUGGGCUAAAUGGACAAAUAAGUUUGACCUGCUUUAAGGCAGCUCUCUAUGUUUCUUCUUCAUUCCUCAGCAGCAUUCUGGCCAGCACAUGUCCGCUCUGAUCCAAGGAAGAAGCUAUAACCUGCAAAGCUUUGCAGCAUCUCUACUAAUACCUUGCCUGGAUCCUGGUGGCGGGAAGAAACUAGGACAAACCAUAGAUUGCUUGAUUUGUGCAGCCUAUGAACUAUUACAGCAAAGGGUCACAAUGGCAUACACAGUAUGACUCAAGCCCCACUUUCAAGGAACUUCUCCUUAGGCAAUUUGAAAUACAUGCUCAUUUGGGUUUUAGGCUGACUAUAUCAUCAACAAGGAUGUUCAGACUGUCUGCAAAGCAAAGAGCUUUCCUUGGGGACCAGGUGCACUUGCAACACCUGACACCUGCAGUGCACAUCCUCAUUCAGCCCACUCUGAUCCCUCAAAAGGCAUGGCAAAUAGCACACUUUGCACUGCGCAGUUUCCGCAUGAGGCUGUCUCAUGAAGACCCGUACCUGUCUAGGAGAGAGGCAGGUCAGAACUUUCACAAUUUAGUGCUAAAGUGUCAAAGCUGGAAGUAAGUUACGCGCCUUAAUCAUAAUGAGAAUGUCAGUCUCAUUGAAACUUUUAGAUGCUCCAGAAUAGUUCUGACCAGGCUCCAGCUGGUGCUAUAAUGCCUUAAAAUCCAUUUCAGCCAUGCAGCUCUUCAUAGUUAAUGAUGAAAGGUAACGAAUUGACGCCAGCACCACAGAAAUCCUCAUACUGUUCGUUCCCUCCACUGUUUUACAAAGCAUAUGCUUCAGUUCGCAGCUCUGCUCAGUUUUCCUCUUUGUUGAAUGAUGCAUUAUCACAUUCCACUAGCAGAAACAAAUUCAAGGCUUGAAUUAAAGUCCCUUAAAGCACAGAGCAAUUACCCAACCAAAUAAUUGUCACCAGGAGUUGACUGCAUGCACUCAUGCGCUGAUCCAUUAAAAAGAGGCUGGGUUUUCCUUUUUUUAUUAUCAUUUUGCUCUACCCUCAGUGAAUGUUUCGGUUUCCAAUAAAAUCUGAAGGGCAUUAUAUGCAAACGAGCCUCUGCUCCGCCCCCCCCCUGUGGUUUCUACAUUUCUCUUCCCCUUUCUCAGGUGCUCCUUCUACAUGCUGAAUUUGGGAGCCAUGCUAUGAAAAAAAUUAUGUUAAAAUUAUUUUCAAAGGAUGGUUUGUUUUGUACAUGUUGGACUAUGUUUUUAACUUAUUUUUAUUGCCUCUUUCAAACUGUUUUUAAAGUGCUUUUUGAAAACACUUUCACUGUGACGUUCCUAUACUCCUGUAUUAAUCGCUGGACAAAUCCUCAGGCGUUGACAGGCUUUGCCAACGUAAAUACUCUUGGAAUCAAAUGAGAUCUAUCUUAUGUCAUGUUGCUUGCUUUGCUCAUGUAGUCCUUGCUUUCCCCAUCACUGCCUAAGAAGCAUCAGGAACUGCAUGGACAAUCCACACACAGGAACCCAUUUCCCUUCCUUGAGUGUUUUUCUCUGCCAAGGAACAGAGUGCUACUUACGAUCUCUCUAAACCAAGUCCCUCCCUAUUUUUCCUCCCACUUGAGAUUUCAGAACAGGCUCUUCUGAUCAACACUAACUGAGAGAAGAUCCCAACAGUUGUUUUCCAGUGGACUGAAUCUGUAAGGUCUGCAUGUUCGCUGCAGGAAUUAAAAGCAAUGUUUAUUUUGAAUGGAGCAACAUUUUAAGCUUUAUAUAUUUAUUUAUCACAUCUCUCUCUUAAAAAAAAAAGUGUUAAUGAAAAGGAAGCCCAUUUCCUUUUCUUCUCAAAACCUAUGAUGAAAAUGGACAAAGCAAAGUAAAAGGAACAGUCAUCUAAUUGUGGGGUUUUUUUCCUUUUCUUUUUUGUCUAGAUCAAGACUGGAUGUUAGCAGAUUAAAAUAAACCCUAAAAA